AUGAAGCUCCUCUACCCAACCUCCCUCCGCCUAGACACCCAGUCCCUCGAAGGCUACUCCGUCUCUCUACACCCAUACGACGUCACCGCGCCGAUCCCCGAAUCCCUCAUUGACGCCGACUUCCUCGUAACAUGGGCCAACAAAGCCGACAACCUGAAAGACGCCGCCUCGCGCAUGAAAAACCUACGCUGGAUCCAAUCCCUCGCCGCAGGCCCCAAUGACGUCCUAAACGCCGGCUUCGACGCCUCCCGUAUCGCAAUCACCACCGGCUCAGGCCUGCACGAUGAAACAGUCGCCGAACACACUCUCGGUCUCCUCCUAAACGCAGCCCGUCGCUUCGAUCAAAUGCGCGACUUCCAGACCCGCGGCGAAUGGCCCGCUCACCUGGGCGGACCCCAGGGCGAUCGCGAACCAGGAACCUUCAAGACCCUCAAGAGCGCAAACGUCACUAUCUGGGGCUUUGGCAAUAUCGCCAAGAAGCUAGCGCCAGUCCUUACGGCUCUCGGCGCUAACGUCACGGGUGUGGCGCGCUCCGACGGCGUGCGCGAUGGUUAUCGCGUUGUUGGCGAGAACUCGCUGCCUGAUGUGCUGUCGAAGACUGAUGCGCUGGUUAUGAUCUUGCCGGGAUCUGAAAGUACCAAUGGUGCAUUGAGUGCUGAGCGCUUGAAGUUGCUCCCUAAGCAUGCUUGGGUUGUUAAUGUUGGUCGGGGUACUUCUGUUGAUGAAGAUGCGCUUCUUCAGGCUUUGGAGAGUGGUAGUAUCGGUGGUGCUGCGCUUGAUGUUUUCUCGGUUGAGCCGCUGCCGAAGGGAUCGAAGCUUUAUGCGGCGCCUAAUUUGAUUCUUUCGCCUCAUGCGGCUGGUGGACGGCCUCGUGAGGCUGAGGCGCUGAUUGGGUAUAAUCUUAGACGGUUGCUUGCUGGUCAGGAGUUGAAGAACAUUAUCUAG